CACACACACACCAAGAGAGAAAAGUGAGAUUGAAGAAAGAAAAAAAUGGAGGUAGUGAUGUUGGUUUGUUUCAUUGGCAUGGUUGGAAUGGUGAUGUGGGUGGUUUUUGUGUAUGGAAUUGAGUGGGUAAAGUCUCAAAGGGUUAGAAGGAAGCUAAGAUUGCAAGGUAUAAGUGGGCCACCACCUUCAUUUCUUCAUGGGAAUCUGCUUGAAAUGCACAGAAUCAACACUGCAUCACAAGCCAAAGUUGUUCAUAGUAGUGAUCACACUCAUGACUUCACUGAAUCUCUCUUCCCCUAUUUUGAAAUCUGGAGAAAACAAUACGGUCUAUUGUACACUUACUCAACAGGGAUAAAACAAAACUUGUAUAUGAAUAGUCCAGAAUUAAUAUCAGAAAUGAACAAGUUAAUGACUCUGGAUUUGGGUAAGCCUUCUCAUAUAACAAACAACCUUGCAUCCCUUCUUGGAAAUGGCAUUCUCAGAGCUAAUGGAAUUAGUUGGUCCCAUCAGAGAAAACUUAUUGCUCCUGAGUUCUACAUGGAAAAAGUUAAGGGUAUGGUGGACCUAAUGAUAGAGUCAACGCAACCAUUAUUAACAAAAUGGGACAAAGCCAUUGAGGCCAAAUUAGGUAGUGAUGAUGAUGAUGGCAAUGGCACAGUUGAAGUUGAAGUUGAUGAAGAUUUGAGGAGCUUAGCAGCUGAUGUUAUUUCAAGAGUUUGUUUUGGACAUUCAUAUUCCAAAGGAAUUGAAGUUUUCUCUAAGCUUAGGCUAAUGCAAAAGAAGAUGUCCAAACAUGGUACCUUCCUUUUUGGAAUCAAAGGUUUACGGGAUACUCUAAACAAUAUAUGGGGAGGGAAGGAAAAUGAGAUUAAGAUUAUGGAGGAGGAGGUAGAGUCACUAAUCUGGGAGUUAGUGGAGGAACGAAAGCAAGAAUGCUCAGAGAAACCUUCUUCAAAGAAAGAUCUAAUGCAUUUAUUAUUGGAAGCAGCUAUGAGUGAUGAUGAUUCAACAAGUCUACCUAAAGAUUUUGCCAAGCAAUUCAUUGUGGAUAAUUGCAAGAACAUAUACUUUGCUGGCCAUGAAACCGUUGCAAUAACUGCUUCUUGGUCUUUGAUGCUUCUUGCUACUUAUCCAGAGUGGCAAGAUCGUGUAAGAAAAGAGGUUGCUCAAGUUUUCCCUAAUGGCAUCCCAAAUGUUGAUUCUCUUCCUCUCUUGAAAACGUUAACUAUGGUGAUACAUGAAGUGCUACGCCUAUACCCACCAGGAGCAUUUGUUUCAAGAGAGGUCUAUAAAGAUACCCAAAUUGGAAAACUACUUGUUCCCAAAGGUGUUGUUUUAUGGACCCUAAUUCCAACUAUACAUAGGGAUCCUGAAAUUUGGGGAGCAAAUGCAAAUGAGUUUGAACCUGAAAGAUUCAAAGAUGGUGUCUCUAAGGCUUGCAAGUAUCCACAAGCAUAUGUGCCUUUUGGAGUGGGUCCUCGCUUGUGUGUGGGGAAAAACUUUGCAAUGGUUCAAUUGAAGGUUGUUCUUGCCCUAAUUGUCUCUAGGUUUAGAUUCUCUCUAUCUCCUAGCUACAAGCAUGCUCCUGCUUAUAGAAUGAUUAUAGAACCAGGGCAUGGUGUGCAUCUUCUUAUUCACAAGAUAUGAUAUGAUGAGUUAAAUCGCAAUAAUCACAAAGCCAAUAAAUUGCGAUGAUCUUGGAAACCGUCGCAAAUAAACCAACGCUAGUUAGUUAUUUUGUUUCAAUGGAUGGUGGUUGUGAAAAACAUGUAUUCUCAUGUAUAGAUGUGAGCGA